AUGAAUUCAGUAACAGAUCAUCCCUCAUCUCUGGCCACUGAGUCCAUAACAUCCUCAACAGAGAGUGCAACGAAUACCACAAAUUCUCCCGUGAUUACUGCAACCCCAGCUACCACAUCUGGUACCAUAUUUCCCAUUAGCACUUCAAAAGAUUUCCUGACAUUGACGCCUGUCAAAAUCAACGAUUUAAGUUCUCCAAUUAGACCAUCCACUUUUGACGGACCAUAUCCAAAUCAGUCACAAAAGACAAUAUUCAACACAACCAGCAAUAGUUCUUCUCCCUACAGUGACAAAUUUAAUGUGAUAUCCAAACAAUUGGAAAAACUAUUAGGUGACCUGCACGUUUUUUAUCAAAAAAUUGGGUACUCCAACUUAGACAUACAAAAGAAAGAGGAAGCUAUUUUCAGCACGUUGUCUGAAUCAAUAAACAAUUUUUACCAAGAUGCACAAACGGAAAUGGAAAAUCUAUCGACUAGUAAUGAUAUGGAACAAGAAAUAUUGAAUAAGAUUUUAGAAAACUUAAAUGAUCCAAAUGGUAUAAGGACAAUACCUGAUUUAUACAUUAGAAAUUCCAUCUUAUUCGAAACCAGAAAGACCGUACCACAAUCUCCGAAGAAGCCCUUAUCUCUACUGAAUAAAAAGUCCUUAUUAGAAUCAGCAAAAAUUUUCAUAUUCAAUGCCUAUAUUCCAAAAUUAAUCAGUUUCUUAAAUAACGCAUUGAAUUUACAGAUCAUAAUAAAUUCUGUGGGUACCAUAGAAUCAAUGGCAGAAGAAGAUGUACAAUUUAUUAAUAAUAUCCCCAAACUCUAUGUAAUUCAAGCUUGUUUGAAAAGUUUGAAUGAGACCAAUGAAAUCAGUCAAAUUUCCAACUUUAUUGGAUCAAAUAAGAAACUUUUUCUCUAUAGUGACCAAUUCAAGCAUCUAACACCAAAGAGAAAUGAAAGAUUAGCAGAGCUAACGAAAUAUUAUGGAACUGAAUAUGAUUUUAGGUUUUGUGAAGUUAAAAAAUUGAUCAAGAAUAUUGAAACUUUGUUACAUGAAUUACGUCUUAACGCAACUGAUAAUUUGAACAAGGAUGAGAUUGAAUUACUCACCAAAUAUUCUAGAAUUGAGAAAGCUUCUGAAAAUGAAUAUGUGCCAUUGAAUGACGACCUCUUAAACAAGUUUAAAUUCAUUAAAAAACAAUAUGAAAUUGUCAAAUCACAACGAUUCGAGGAAAAAAAAUUGCUUUUAGAUAAUUGUAGAGAAUUAUGGUGUAAAUUGAAAGUACCUGAAGAAUAUACCAGUUUCUUUUUAAAUAAGAACAACAAUCUUUCUCUUGAUGUCAUAGAUAACUUCAAGAUUGAGUUUCAAAGGCUACAGACCAUGAAGAAGGAAUUGAUUAAGGAUUUAAUAACUGAAUCCUGGGAAAAGAUUAACGAAUUAUGGGACACUUUACAAAUUCCAAACGAGGACAGAGCAAAUUUCAUAGGUAAGUUCAAAAAUAUGAAGGAAACUUCUCAAGGAUUACAGGAUGAUGAAAAUUUACUGGAAGUUUGUGAAGUUGAAAUAAAAAACUUGAACGAACAACUGAAAAUAUAUGAGCCCGUUCUUAACUUGAUCAAAGAAUUCCAAUCAUUACAGAAGGAUAAAAUAUUCUUAGAAAAUAGUAGUAAAGAUUCAUCAAGGUUACUUGCAAGAAACUCUCAUAAAAUACUAUUAAAAGAGGAAAAUACUAGAAGAAGGCUAAAGAGACAUUUCCCCAAAGUCAUCAAGGAGCUCAAGGUCAAAUUAGUUGAAGCUGAAGAUUUUUUCCACAAACCAUUCUCCUUUAAUGGUGAAAAACUCCAAGAUAUUAUCUUAAAAGAAGAAGAGGAAUUUAUGAGUAGGUAUCCAAAAAGCGUUUUAAAUUUUGGUAGGACGAGGCCUGUUGUCAAUUCUACCAGGGUAAAUGAUAAUCAUUCAAGAAAGCAUGCAACAAUCCCAAAAACAACAACUAUGAGAUCAAAGACCUACAGUACAGCUGAAUUGAUGUCAAGAACUGUUCAUAAAACCCCAAUUAGACAUAAAAGUGAUAGCAUGGUAAGAAAAGAAAAAAUAUCGCGUUCUUUAAGUCCAUCAAGAAGCAAUAAUGACAAUUUUGUACAGUUUUCCACUGUACAAGAGAGGAAAUCCAUGAAUCUCAAUAAUGCCACGAGGAUAAGGAAGCCAACUUUAAUGAAGUCAUAUUCAGAGAUCACUAGCUCGACGAUGUCACCUACUUUGGCCUUAGCAGACAUGAAAUUUAAUGAUAUACGACCAAAAAAGUUAUUUCCAGUUGACAUGAAUAAAUUAAAUCGUGAAAGGAACAACACAAUGCACAAGAGUCAGAUACCAAAACUGUCUCAGAUCAAUAAGACGUCCACAACGCAACAACAUUCUCAAACUAACGAGAGCAAGGACGCUGCCAUAGUUGAUAAAGAAAACGCAUAUGAUGGUCGACUCAGUAGCCCCUACAAAGAGCCAGACCACAGCAUUUACAAAUUAUCGAUGUCGCCGGACGGUAAGUUCAGAUUGAAUAUACAGCAGAGAGAUCUAGACAACCCAUUUGACGACACGAGUAUAUUUGAAGAAGAUGUCUCAAUGCCCACUCAAGAGCAAGAAAACUAUUCCUCACUCCCCAUGAACAUCCUACCUCCGCCAUUACAAGGAGAACAAGAUUCAGCAGCGACAGAACCGAUGCAGCCAGAAAAUAGCCUGAUUGUCGAAAUAAACUCAUAG